AUGGAAAAUCCGAGGAAUGAUGGAAAAUGCAACCAUGAUGGUGGGUGCUGCCCAUUGGACCUCCCCAAGGGCGCCAAGUCUAUUAGAGCCGUCUUCUACUUGUUGAACAAAACUAGUCCGCUAUGGAAGAAUUACCCUUGCAAUUAUGUUACUGUGAUGGAUAGGACAAGAUUCAAAUUCAACACCACUUAUCUCACCUCAUCGGCGUUCUAUGACAUAAAUAAUGGAGAGGUAUCUGCUGUGAUGGAAUGGAAGAUCGAGGAAAAGAGGUGUAAAGAUCCCAAAAUUCACAAGCAUGGGUCAUAUGCAUGUGUCAGCAACAACAGUGAAUGCACCAACACAUCUGAUGAUGCCGGCUACGCAUGUAAGUGCUCUAAAGGAUACUAUGGAAACCCUUACCUCAUCAAUGGAUGCAAAGAUAUAAAUGAGUGUGAGCAUCAAAAAGACUAUCCAUGUUAUGGUGUCUGCCGAAACUUACUGGGGACUUUCGAGUGCCAUUGUAAGCAUGGGACCAAGGGAAACGCUACGGUAAAGGGGGGAUGUGUCAAGGGUUCAUCUGCAGGUUUAAGUAUUGGGCUUGGAGUAGGCAGUGGCAUAUGUUUCGUGGUUCUAGCACUCAUCAGCCCCUACAUAAUGCGUAAGAUCAAGACAAGAAGAAUUAAAGAAAGAUUUUUCAAGCAAAACCAUGGUUUAUUAUUGCAACAAUUGAUAUCACGAAAUGCAAACAUCAGUGAGAGGAUGAUUAUUACCUUAAGGGAGGUUGAGAAAGCUACAAACAAUUUUGAUAGAGAGCGUGUGAUUGGUGGUGGAGGGCAUGGUACUGUGUUUAAAGGGAAUCUAGAUUUAAAUGUUGUGGCAAUUAAGAAAUCAAAGAUUGUGGUACAAAGAGAAAUCAAUGAAUUCAUAAAUGAAGUUGUCGUUCUUUCUCAAGUGAACCAUAGAAAUGUGGUUAAGCUCUUAGGAUGUUGCCUUGAGACAGAAGUUCCACUCCUGGUUUAUGAGUUCAUUUCAAAUGGAACCCUUUAUCAUCAUCUUCAUGUUCAUGGACCAAUAUCAUUAUCGUGGGCUGAUCGACUGAGAAUUGCACUUGAAGUUGCUAGAGCACUAUCCUACCUACAUUCUGCAGCUUCAAUGCCAAUAUUUCAUAGAGAUAUUAAAACCACCAACAUACUUCUUGAUGACAAUUUAACAGCAAAGGUAUCGGAUUUUGGUGCUUCAAGGUACAUAAAAAUUGAUCAAACAGGAGUGACUACAGCCAUUCAAGGAACAAUUGGUUACUUAGAUCCCAUGUACUAUAAAACAUGUCGGUUAACUGAUAAGAGUGAUGUCUUUAGUUUUGGUGUUGUUCUUGUAGAAUUGCUAACUAGAAGAAAACCAUUUUGCUAUCAGUCUGACAAUGGUGAUGAUCUUGUUACACAUUUUACGUCACUACUCAUAGAAGGCAAACUAGAAGACAUAAUAGAUCCUCAGAUUAUGGAAGAGGAGGAUGGAGAAAUCCUAAAAGUAGCAAGACUAGCCACAUUAUGUACGGAAUUGAGGGGAGAAGACCGACCACCAAUGAGAGAAGUGGAGAUGACACUUGAGAAUUUAAUCCUUAAAAAGAGGCAAGUUCUAUUCAAUAAAUCAUCAUGGAGAUAUGAUACUAAUCAAACUAGGGAUUCCACCAGGCUAAAUGAAUUUGUUAGCAAUGAAGCAAGUAGGCAAUACACUAUGGAAGAGGAAAUCUUAUUAUCGGCAACAUAUCCAAGAUGA